AUGCCGGCCACUCCUAGCCGUUCCACGGGAAAUCACGAGGGCGAAGGCGACAGCAGCGAGGAUGCUUCACCUCGGCCAAUUACCCCGGACGAACAGGGUACCGUGCGGAGAAUCCAUGCCCCCAGACCGCGACGCAACCUAUAUGGGAUCAAUGCGCACAAUGGCAGGAUUCUCGUCAAUGGUGUAGACAUUGUGGCCCGCGCAACUGCUUUGCGCGAGGAAGGUCGGACGGAGGAGCAAGUCGCGAACUUAAGCCGUUUCAUAGAUUGGCUGAUCAUCGGCGGUGCAAGACCAGACCGUUCGAGUACGAUGCCAACGCCGACACCAAGGCAGGAAGAGCGUCCGCCCAGCCCGCCCGACGAACGAAUUGUCAGGUCUAUGUACAACCGCCAGUUGUACGGCUAUCCUCCCGAAGUCUUCCAGCGAGACCCAUUCAUACAAACGCGCCAAUGGCAACAGCACGUGAGGAGAGACAGGAGCCCGCCCUUGACGCCUCGCGAGCGCGAGGAGCGCAGGGCAGAGCGAGUCGCAAUCCCCCCAGCCCACAUGGACAACGAACCGAGCCGCGACACUUGGCCUAUCGGAUGGGAACUCCACCAUGACUACUACCUGUGGGCUUGCCGUGGAACUGUCGUUGACAUCACCGAGCAGCUUCAGGUGGUCUUUGACUUCAACCCUCCCAUCCAGGAGUCCUUUGUUGCCGACAGACUGAGCGGUGUCAACGCCUUCAGACAACUCACUUAUCUGCAAACCUAUUUCCCGGGCGAGACCCAGUCUAUGCAGCGAGCUUUGGCGAGGGGUGUUAUCUAUGAGGCUAACAUUGACCAUGCGGAGAUCCGCGGAGGAUUCCAGGAAUUGGAGGUAGAGCAAGAGGACCCCGCCAAUUACGAGUACCCCGAGCCUGCAUGCCCCAGCUUCGGACCAGAAGGGUGGAAUUGCAGGGACGAUGCAUAUCUGGCCUUGUAUCUGGGCGAAUCCCCAAGCACAUUUAUCCACGAUUAUGGAUGGCUUUUCCCAGACCCUAUCUGCCCCGAGUUCAUUCGUCUGCGCAUGGCUCAAAUCCCUUAUCUAGAUCUGAGCUCUAGCGACCUGCAGCGACAAGUCCGGCGGCGUGAACGUUUCUUCAGCUGGGCCCCACAUCGAUUUGCCGAUAUCAGAAUGUGA